GCCCGGUCAGCCUUCUUACGACGUGUUAUGGUCGGGUCGUACCCAGAUUGGCCCAUUUAUGCAUCCUCAUUUUCAGGCUCGUCUUUUGCAUACAUCUACGACACAGGCAAUCCGCCACUUCUCCUCUUCGCUUAACCCCUUUCCCUCUCCAUCACCAAACCCUAACCCUAGUUCUCUCUGAUUUACCCAAGAUUUCUUCUUUAAUUACCAAACUCUUACCAUAAUUCUCCUCCGUUUCGUGAUCUCUAAUCUCUCCCUCUAUAUAAUUCGUUCGGGGGCAGAGGUAGGUCAAGUAUGGAUUCGCAGACGAGCAAUCUCUACGAGACAGCUUCUCAGCCGGAUACCGGGAACGACGCUUAUACGUUUCUUGAAUUCAACACUCAAGGUGAUGAGGACUUCGAUUACCCUGAAUUCCAAGAGUUGUCGCAGCCUAUUCGAUCUUCUGCCUCCGUCUGGCCCACACCCUCCGAUUCUAUUUCCGCUACCGAGGUUGCUUCCUCCUCUGAACCGUCCCAGUCCGCUAGUAAGCCCCGUGGCGGCGGUAACGGCGGUGGAAUUAAUAACAGCAGCAGCAAUAGUAAUAGUAAUAAUAACAGCAAGGAGACUGGUGUGGUCGAGGCGUUGGCUGCGGGGAUGAGCGGCUUGAACUUUGAAGACACUGGUGGCGAUGAUGAGGUAUUUGAGUAUGGGAAGGGAGACUUUACUGAGCAUGCUUGCAGGUACUGCGGUGUCACAAACCCAGCGUGCGUGGUUCGAUGCAAUGUGCCGUCCUGUAGGAAAUGGUUUUGUAAUUCACGUGGGAAUACUUCUGGUUCUCACAUUGUCAAUCAUCUGGUGAGAGCAAAGCACAAAGAAGUUUGUCUUCACAAAGACAGUCCUCUAGGAGAAACUAUUCUUGAGUGCUAUAACUGUGGAUGUCGAAAUGUUUUCCUUCUUGGAUUCAUAUCUGCGAAGACAGAAAGUGUUGUGGUUCUGCUUUGUAGAGAACCCUGUCUUAGCGUCAAUGCGUUAAAAGACAUGAAUUGGGACUUGAGUCAGUGGUGCCCCCUUAUUGAUGAUAGAUGUUUCUUGCAGUGGUUACUAAAGGUCCCAUCUGAACAAGAGCAGUUGAGGGCUCGCCAAAUUAGUGCCCAGCAGAUAAAUAAAAUAGAAGAGCUUUGGAAGACAAAUCCUGAUGCUACCUUGGAGGAUCUUGAGAAGCCUGGUGUGGAUGAUGAACCUCAACCUGUAGCUUUGAAGUAUGAAGAUGCUUAUCAGUAUCAAAAUGUUUUCGCACCACUCAUCAAGCUUGAAGCAGACUACGAUAAGAUGAUGAAAGAGUCUCAAAGCAAAGACAAUAUCACGAUUCGAUGGGAUAUUGGUCUUAAUAAGAAGCGGAUUGCUUAUUUUGUCUUUCCAAAGGAAGAUAAUGAGUUACGCCUUGUACCUGGUGAUGAACUACGGCUGCGUUAUUCAGGUGAUGCGGCUCAUCCCGCGUGGCAGUCUGUGGGUCAUGUGAUAAAAUUGACCGCACAGGAGGAGGUUGCGCUUGAGCUUGGUGCCAGUCAGGGUGUUCCUGUUGAUGUGAACCAUGGUUUUAGUGUCGACUUUGUGUGGAAGAGCACGAGUUUCGAUCGGAUGCAGGGGGCCAUGAAAACAUUUGCUGUUGAUGAAACCAGUGUCAGUGGCUACAUUUAUCAUCAUCUGCUUGGCCAUGAAGUUGAGAUGCAGAUGGUUCGCAAUACUUUGCCUCGCCGUUUUGGUGCACCAGGUCUUCCAGAACUUAAUGCAUCUCAAGUUUUUGCUGUCAAGAGUGUCCUACAAAAGCCUAUAAGUCUCAUCCAAGGUCCACCUGGUACUGGUAAAACUGUCACAUCUGCUGCAAUUGUGUAUCACAUGGCAAAACAAGGCCAGGGGCAGGUUUUGGUCUGUGCUCCAAGUAAUGUGGCUGUAGAUCAGCUAGCUGAAAAGAUAAGCGCCACUGGUUUAAAGGUUGUAAGACUUUGUGCUAAAUCAAGGGAAGCUGUUAGUUCCCCCGUUGAGCAUUUAACCUUGCACUAUCAGGUUAGACAUCUUGACACAUCUGAAAAGAGUGAACUUCACAAGUUACAGCAACUCAAAGAUGAACAAGGAGAAUUAUCCAGCAGUGACGAGAAGAAAUAUAAAGCUCUCAAGCGAGCAACUGAAAGGGAGAUAUCUCAGAGUGCUGAUGUUAUCUGUUGUACAUGUGUUGGGGCUGGAGAUCCGCGGUUAGCAAAUUUUAGAUUCCGCCAGGUCCUUAUCGAUGAAUCUACUCAAGCAACAGAACCUGAGUGUCUAAUUCCUUUGGUUCUUGGUGCAAAACAGGUUGUUCUUGUUGGAGACCAUUGCCAGCUUGGUCCUGUCAUUAUGUGCAAGAAAGCUGCACGGGCUGGUUUAGCCCAAUCUUUGUUUGAAAGGCUUGUGCUUCUUGGUGUGAAACCAAUUAGACUGCAGGUUCAAUAUAGGAUGCAUCCAGCUCUCUCGGAGUUUCCAUCAAACAGCUUUUACGAAGGUACUCUUCAAAAUGGAGUGACAAUCAAUGAAAGGCAGUCACCUGGAAUUGAUUUUCCUUGGCCAGUGCCAAACCGUCCCAUGUUUUUCUAUGUCCAGAUGGGACAAGAGGAGAUAAGUGCCAGCGGAACAUCAUAUCUAAAUAGGACAGAGGCUGCAAAUGUUGAGAAAAUUGUGACAACAUUCUUGAAGAGUGGCGUCGUUCCUAGUCAGAUUGGUGUUAUAACUCCUUAUGAAGGUCAGCGAGCAUACAUUGUGAAUUAUAUGUCUCGAAAUGGUGCUCUGCGGCAGCAACUGUACAAAGAAAUUGAGGUGGCAAGUGUAGAUUCUUUCCAGGGGCGGGAAAAAGACUAUAUAAUUUUGUCUUGCGUGAGGAGUAAUGAACAUCAGGGCAUUGGUUUCCUCAAUGAUCCACGCCGUCUUAAUGUUGCUCUGACACGUGCUCGUUAUGGUAUUGUUAUCUUGGGAAAUCCAAAAGUUCUGAGCAAGCAGCCUCUGUGGAAUGGCUUAUUAACACAUUACAAGGAACACGAGUGCUUGGUUGAAGGCCCUCUGAAUAAUCUAAAGCAGAGUAUGGUUCAAUUUCAAAAGCCCAAAAAGAUAUACAAUGAGCGAAGACUUUUCUACGGUGGUGGACCAGGAAUUGUUCCCAAUGACAGUUUUGGAUCUGUUGCCUCAAGCCCAAAUGCUGAUAGGAGGGGUCCUCGCUCAAGGGGUCCUUACAUGCCACCUGGCCCGCCUAAUGGUGCUCAUAAACCCGGUGUUCACCCUUCUGGUUAUGCAAUGCCUCGGGUACCCCUUCCUCCAUACCAUGGGGGCCCUCCAUCACAGCCAUAUGCCAUUCCAACCCGUGGAGCUGUACAUGGACCUGUUGGAGCUGUCCCCCAAGUUCCACAACCUGGAAGCCGAGGAUUUGGUGCUGGACGUGGGAACUCCAGUGCGCCCAUUGGUAGUCAUCUUCCACACCAGCAAGGCGCACAGCCCCCAAUUGGAAGUCUUCCAUCUAACUUCAACUUUCCGUCUAUGGAGAAUGCUAGUAGCCAGCCAACUGUGGGUGGACCAUUGUCUCAACCUGGUUAUGUUUCUAAUGUGACUGGUCAAGGACCUAGCCAAACAUAUAGGGAUGGAUUCUCUAUGGGUGGCAUGUCUCAGGAUUUCUUGGCCGAUGAUUUUAAAAGUCAGGGUUCACAUGUCCCUUACAAUGUUGCUGAAUUCUCCACUCAGGCUUCUCAGAGUGGGUAUACUGUUGACUAUGUUACACAAGGGGCGCAAGGUGGAUUUCCUGGGAGCUUUUUUAACCAGAAUUCUCAGGCUGGAUAUGCUCGUUUUGCCCCAGGAAAUGACUAUAUGUCUCAGGAGUAUAUGGCCCAUGGUUCACAAGGAUUAUUUACACAGGCUGCAUUCAAUGAACAAUCUCAAGAUGAGGCUUCUCAGAACCACUUCGGUGUGGCCAGUGCUAAUCCACUUCAGUCACAGGGUUUGCUGAACCCCCUUUAUUCACAGCCAUUUGCACACUACAAUACUCAGCCACUAAAUGUUCAAAAUUCUCAGCAACAGCAUUCAUCCCAGCAGGGUCAAGGUUCCCAGAAUCAGAAGCUCCACUACAAUGGUUGAGGGCUGGUUGAAUGAGUAACGGGUUAUUGUCUUUGCAUUCAGAUAUCUGGUUUGUGCUGUCAUGUGUGGCUAUAUUAUAUGCCGUAAAGAUGUUUUAGAGUUUGACAAAGAUAGCAGGCUGAUUGAUGACACAAUCCUUCAAGGACGUUUCUGAAAGAACUGGAUCAGAUAGAUUGAUUCAAAGGAUGUCACUUGAGGCAAACACGCGGCUGCACAACUAGUGGCUGAUGAGAAAAGAUAAACCCCAAUGAUGUUGAGAGUUGAGAAAGCAUUACACGGCAUGGUGUGGUCAGUAAGGUUUCAGGAAGCCGGUCCAGUUACCUUCUAUGAGUGGCAUUAUCACACUAGAGCAGCAGCUACUGCUAUAACUUUUGUACAGCAUGCUCAUGCUCGGACGGUUCUUACCUCAUCUCUUCUGACAUGUAAUUAUUCUCUUAUACACAUUUAUUAAGUUGGAUGAUGGUGGCUGUAGUCUCAAGUGAGCAAGACUACUGCUGUCAUUCGUUAGAUGUAUGCUAUGAGUGUUUAAUUAGUUGUUUGCUCUUGAAUCCUCAUUAUCAUGAGUAGCAGUCGGCAAUGAGUUAACCAUUGCUCCGAAAUGUGGCAGUCAAAUCAUUUAGGACUUUAGAAAUGCUAGGAUAUUGAAAGCAGAGAUGUUUUGGUGAGUUGGUGCUUGCUGGGAACAUUAGAUGCUUGAGGUUCUCUAUUAUCAGGAAUACUGCACCCCAAUUGCACUAUGAAAUGUUGGUAUUCAAAUUAUGAGGAUGUGUUUUGAUUGAAGAGUUCAGGAGGUAAGUAUUUCAAAUUUAUAAUACCAAAAUGUUUUUGGGUUGAAAA